AUGAAUGCAACAAAAACUGUUGUUGUUCAAGGUUUCGGAUGUGCGGAUGGUGAAAUUUUACGAGAAGGCAAUGCGGAAACAUUACCUGAAUGUUUACAAUGUCCAAAAGGAACAGUUCAUAUCAAUAACACUUGUGAAUUAUGUCCUGCUGGAAGUUAUCAGGAUGAAGUAGCUCAAAUAACUUGUAAACCAUGCCCGGAACAAACUUCCACACAAUUUUCUGGAUCUCAAACAUUCAAUGCUUGUCUUCCUGUUUGUGGAAAUGGUAUGUAUAGUGAAACAGGUUUAAUUCCUUGUCAUUUAUGUCCUCGACAUACUUUUGCUGGUCCUCCGACAUUUGGUGGCUAUAAGCGAUGUGAACCGUGUCCACAGGGCUCAUAUACAGCAAAAUUAGGUUCCACUGGUCCAUCACAAUGCAAACUUCCAUGUCCAGCUGGUCAUUUCUCAUUAACAGGUUUGGAACCAUGCUCACCAUGUCCUAUUAAUUGGUAUCAACCUGCACUUGGACAACAAAG